UGCCUGGUUCAGAUGCACUUCAUUCACUUUGUUGGAACUUUUCACUCGACUCUAUUGGUGUGGAUGGCACUGGACCGCUACUUUGCCAUCUGUACGCCUCUCUACUAUCAUGAACGCAUGGUGUUACCACGAUUCCUCAAGUUUAUCAUCCCGCUUGUGGUCAGAAAUGUCCUCUUGAUCACACCAUUUGUGGUUCUGGCAGGAUCAUUAUCAUUCUGUGCAUCAAAUGUGAUGAACCACUGUUUCUGUGAGCACAUGGCCUUAGUGGAGCUGGCCUGUGGAAGCACCGCAAUGAACAGCCUGGUGGGGCUCUUGGGCGUGUUUCUCAUCCCUGUGGCAGACUUCAUCUUUAUCUCUUCUUCCUAUGUGGUUAUAUUUACCUCCGUGCUGAGGUCAGGUAGGUCUGGGAUCAAAGCACUCCACACCUGUGUCACACACAUUGUGGUAAUGACUGUCAGCCUGAUCUUUGCACUUGUUGCUUUACUGUCUUAUCGGAUCCGAAACGGUCUUCCUGCCGCCAUUCGGGUUUUUUUCAGCACCAUGUACCUGUUGUUCCCAAGCUGUUUCAACCCAAUCAUCUACGGCAUGAGAACCACCGAGAUUCGACAGCACAUUGUGAAGACCUUCACAUGUUGCCACUUUGUCCGAACUGUUCCCCAUUCUUAA